AUGUCUCGCGCAGGCGUCUCAAUACGCCACGCCACAGAUCUCAACGCGCCUCCACCGCCAGACCAAGACGAGACAUGUCCCGUAUGCAAGACAACACGCUACUUCAACCGCGACAUGGAAUUUCGCAUCAAUCCGGAGUGCUACCACCGGAUGUGCAAGACCUGCGUCGAGCGAAUCUUCAAAGACGGCCCCAACCAAUGUCCCUACGCCGGCUGCCACAAGACCCUUCGUCUUCGCGGUUUCAAGACUGCUUUCUUCGCGGAUCUUGCCGUGGAGCGUGAAGUCGAUAUUAGGAGACGAGUGGCGGCGGUGUUUAACAAGGUUGAGGAGGACUUUGAGACGCUGGACGAUUAUAAUGAGUAUCUGGAGAUGGUGGAGUGUUUGACGUGUGACCUUGUCUAUGGCACGGACGAGAAGAAGAGGAAGGCUGAGGCGGAGCUUGGCGAGUGGGAGGCGAAGCACAAGGCGGACAUUGAGCGCAACAGGCGUCUUGCGCGCGAGACAGAUGAUGCUCGCAAACGUCGUAUCGCAGCAGAGGAGGAAGAAGCUCGACAGCGACGAUUACGUGAACAACAAGAAGAGCUCGAGGAGAAAGCCAACGCCAAGCGCUUCCGAGAGGAAAUGCUCGACUCUCUGCAAAGCGCAGAAACGGGCCGCGCAUCAGAGGCGAUGGACAAGAUCAUGCUCAAGAAACGAGGUCACAACAAGCGAGACGCAGCACUCGGCGCCGCAGGAAGCAGCGGUCUCUCUAUCAGAGGACUGCGCGAGAAGAAGGCAGUCGUUGUGGACAACAAGCCAUACGAUCCGUACGGCGGCGUGCGCGUCAUGCCAGAGCGCGUGGACCUUGCGCCGGAGAAACUGGCGACGUAUAGCAACGAAUGGGUCGAGAUCACGAGGACAAAGCCUGAGUACAAGGCUGGAGGGUACAGUCCUGAUGAGUAUCUCACACGAGCAUUGUUCGAGGCUUUUUCAGGGCUGGGAGUGUUUGUGGAUGAGGAGAAGGUUGAGAAGAGUGUUGCUACAGCUGGUGCGAAAGAAGCGGCUGUGACGGGAGAUACAGGGGGUAGAAUGGAUGUCGACGAUCCGUUCUAG